AUGGCGCAUGGCCGGCCAGGCCGAGCGCUGCUGCGGACGCCGUCCACGGACGCCGCAGCAGCGCUAGAAGUGGUCGUGCGGUGCCCGGCGGACGAACCCUAUGCGCGCUGGCGCCCCAACCCCACCGUUGCGAAGAUGCGGGCGCUACUGCUGUCGCCCAACCUGCAGCUGGCGCUCCAAUUGGCGGUCGGCGCGCUGCUGGUCUCCAUGUUCACUUUCCAAAGCGUGAUGAUGUCACCAAACUGCCACGUGGGUACCCGGCUGAGGGCCGUGUGCUCGUUCAUCGGAGACACAUGCGUGGCGCUCGUGCCGGCGGGCAUCCUGUGCACUCUGGCCAAGCUCAUCGGGCCGGCAUCCGCCCACCCCGCGGUGCUCGCGCUGUACUGCACCGUCGGCCCCGCCCUGCUGGCGCUGCUCACCAUCAACCGCGCGGCGACGUGGCCGCCCAUGCUGUGGGCAUCGGGCAUGGUGACCCUGCUGGUAUUUGGCAACGUCGUCAUCGCCGGGUACCUGGUGUGGCCCCUCGAGUUGUGGUGGCGGCAGUCUGUCGCGCUGACGAUGCUCAGCGGCAUUGGCCUGGCCUGCGCCGCGAACCUCGUGGUGUCGCUGCUGGUGGUCCGCCUGGGCCUGUCGGAGGUGCUGCGCGGCGCCGGUCACGCGGCGUCGCGCAACGCGGCGCGCCUGCUGUGCCCGCCGGGCAGCAUGCCGGGGUGCGGGCCGCCCGCGAUCCUCAUGCUUGGCACGCAAGAGGUGCAGACGGCGUGCGCGGUCGAGGCCAGGGGGGCGCCGCUGUACGCGCUGGGCCCGAAGCUCCGCGCUGUUGAGUUGCUGCUGCCCGCGGCUGCCGCGGAGCCGGGCUGGCUCUUGCCCUCCCGCUUUGACGCCGGCGCGUACGGCGCGCUCGCGGCGGCUGCGCAGCGCGUGGUGUCAAGCCUGACCGCGUGCGAGUCCAUAUUGGAGGAUGACAACCUGAUCAACGAGGCCACCCACAGCCCCUGCUACACAAACGCCCUACGCCUCACACACGCCACCAUCGCCGCGGCCCUCGCGCACGCCUCGGCCGCCCUCUCGGCCUCCGCCCGCGGCCCCGGCCCUGCGGCGGCGGCCGCCGCCGGAGGGGUCGAUGCGGGCGCGUGGGAGGAGGUGCGGCGGGAGUUGAAGGACGGCCUGACCCUGGAGCAGAGGGCGUACUGGGAUGUGCUGCGCAGCGCGACUGACGCGGCGCCCGCCAAGGCCUGGUCGCUGACCCAGACGCGCGCCAUAUUCUUCAGCUACUCUGCCGCCAUGGAGGCCGUCGACGCCGCGCAGCAGCUGCAGGCCGCAACCCUCAGGGCCCUCGGCGGCGCCCCCAGCCCAGCGGGCAAAGCGCGCGCGGCGUGCGCUCCGAGCGGCGGGUGCGGGUUCGCUUGGACGCGGGGGCUUCGAAACCAGCUGAACGGCAGCAUGCUGUUUGCAAAUUGGAAGGCCGCGCUCGGGACGCGGCUGCCGGCAGGACUGGCCAGCCGGAAAGCCUUCCGCAAGAUGGUCUCCGGCCGCAGCUUCAUAGCGGGCGUCAAGAUCUGGCUGGUGCUGACGCUGCUGUUGAUCGGCGGGCUGCUGCUGCUGCAGUUUGACGCCCAGCUGGCCAAGCAGGCCAGCAACGUCUCUCAGGCCUUCAUCGCGGCAGUGCUGUCCAUGUCGGAGCGCACCGAAGCGACGGCGUCCAAGGUGGUGUCCUGGAUGGUCGGCAGUGUGCUGGGUGGCGCCGUCGGAUUCGCGCUGAUGUGGCACCCCUGGGUCGCCACGAGCCCCCACGUCCUCGCGGCAACCCUAUGCGUGGCCGCGUUUGCCGUCGGCCUGUUGGGCAGCAGCAACUUCCGAGUCACCAUCACGCUCACCCUGAUGACCGUCGGCUCCGAGGUGCUUUGCCAGUACACCCCCUGCUGCGCCCCCGGCCAGCCGCGCACCGGCGGCAGCGUCGCCUACUUCGGCGCCCGCACCGCGGCCAUCUGCGCGGGCAUCAGCCUGGGGGCCCUCGUGUCCAGCUUCGUGGCGCCCUGGUUCACCAGCUGCUGGGCGCUGGAGACUAUGGCUGAAGCCUUGAAAAAGGCCGCACAGCUGGCGGCCGUCGGCUACAAGAAGAUGUGA